GCCAGGAGAUGCUUGAUGGGACAGCAAACUUGUUCCGAAGACUGGAUCAGAAAGAAAGAUCGGUGCUAUUACAUAACCACGUUUACAACAGCUUUCCCCAGAGCGGUGCAAGAAUGUUCAAACCGUGGUUCAAGGCUGCUGGAAAUCAAUUCAAGGGAUGAAGCGAAUGGUGUUUCCAACGCUAUCGGCAAUCUAUAUGGAUCUUAUUGGAUUGGAAAAUGCGAAGCCGGGGAAUCGGCUUCUAGUCUUAUGUUGAAGCAUGACAGUGGAAUGCCCAACUGCGGUAACUGCGACUCUCCCGGAUGGGGGAUCCGUUGCAAUCGUCGACACCGUUUCAUCUGCGAGAAGUCUGCACAUUUUCGCACGGAUAUUCCUGAAAAGUUCCAGGAUCUCUGUCAACAAUCCGUUGAGCCAAACUGA